AAUCUAGUCCCUCCAUGACACUUAGCUAGAUAAAGUAAAAAAAUAGCAACUAAUAGCAUACUCAUCGAAUUGUGCUUUAUUGCGCGUAAGAAUAGCGAGACCUCUCUAGUCCUUAAAGUCUUUCUAUAACUCUGGCAGUGUGGGGAUAAUCUAUGUCGGAUCGCGAUGACGAGGAUGAUCGCCUUAGCCUUAACUUUGGCGAAGAUCAAGAUGACGAGCCCGAACUCAGCGACAUAGAUCGCGGUGAGGAUGUAAACGAUGAUGGAGAAGCUAAUGAACAGGAUCCCGAGCUUAUCCCAGAUGAGGUUGCCGCCAAUGUUAUUCUCUCCGGAAGCGCGCAGGCUGCCAAGGGCACGGUGCCACGUAAACCCGCGGAUCGCGUCACGGCACCGGUGCUCACCAAAUACGAGCGCGCUCGUAUACUCGGGACGCGCGCACUGCAAAUCAGUAUGAACGCACCUGUCCUUGUGAUGAUCGAGGGUGAGACGGAUCCCUUGACAAUUGCGCAGAAGGAACUGCGUGAGCGCGUAAUACCCCUCAUCAUCAGACGUAUUCUACCGGAUAAUACCUACGAAGACUGGGCGAUCUCAGAGCUGGAUGUGGACUUUGAUCGUCCUGUGGAUGAGCGUUAUACUAAUUUGUAGUCCUGAUGUGUGGAUAACUUUGGCGGAGUGUGUUGAGAGUCUGACCUGAAAAAAGAAUGACGGCUAAUGUUAAGAAAUACCUCCGAUAAUGCAGAGUUUUAACCCAGCUCCCAUUAUAUAAUAUUACCUUGAUUUGAAAGAUAGGAUAUAUCCUGAUUUUUCUUUCACAACGGGGGAU